AUGGCAGACGCUCCUCCAUUAGAGCGAAACUUCGAUGCGUCAAUGACGAAGCAACGCAAAAUCGGAGCGAAACAUCCACGCAAACAGAAUAUCAACCCCCUCCAGAAAGGCAUAGCAGAUUUCAUAAGCGCGCAUCUGCCGCCUUCUUUAUUCCCGCAACAUGCCCUGUCCCUCGAGGAGCUGGCCUCUUCCCUCCCAAAACGAUACACCAUCUACGAGCCUAUGCUCUUACUACCACUGAACGCCUUCACGCACCCUCCGGCCUGGGGCAAACUCUACGACAGUUUAGACCACGACCAGCGCAAGGCUCUAUACGCCUCCAUUGCGAGUGCCUUCGCCCGCUACGGCGUAACGCACGUCGCGAUGAACGCGCCAAUCGUCCUCACAGACACGCAGGGGCACGAGAACAGAAUGCGCAGCCCUGUCGGACUCGUCCCGCUUCAUGGGGACUUUGGACCGCCGCCGUCGCGAGACGGGGAGGAGGUCCAGCCCUGCCGGGACGACUUCGAGCAGGCAUUCUGGGUGCGUACGGUGCAGAACCACGGGAUCGUGCAGAUCUGGGCUCCGCUGUAUACCAUGUUCUCGCGGGGGAAUGUCACGGAGAAAGCGAGGAUUCUGGGGCACGGGUCUAUGUUUGAGGGGCUUGACGAGGUCUCGCUGUGUGGGGAGGCUGUGGAUGAUGUUGCGGUUGUUGAUAUGUAUGCGGGGAUUGGGUACUUUGUUUUCUCGUACCUUAAGCGUGGGGUGAAGAGGGUUUGGGGGUUUGAGAUUAACGGGUGGUCUGUGGAGGGGUUGCGGAGGGGAUGUGUGGAGAAUGGAUGGGGGUGUAGGGUUAUCGGGGUAGGCAGUGAUGGGAGACUGAGCACGUCGGUUCCUGAACUAGUUGAGAGUCUUCGCGAUACGGAUCGGGUUGUGAUAUUUCAUGGUGACAAUGGGUUUGCGGCGAAGAUUAUGGGCCAAGUGCGAGCUGCUCUGGAGGCCCGGAGAGAAUGGACCAGCAUCAGACAUGUCAACUUAGGCCUUCUGCCAUCUUCCAGCAGCUCUUGGGAUGAUGCCUGCAAGAUUAUUGACAAAGACAAGGGUGGCUGGCUCCAUGUGCACGAGAAUGUUGACGUACAACAGAUCGAGGCGAAGGGGCGUGAGAUAACCGCUACCGUUGAGAGAUACUGGACUGAGUAUGCAUCACAGAGAACAGAUACGGAGCUCGGUGCCGAUUGUCGGCAUGUUGAACAAGUCAAGACUUAUGCGCCUGGGGUCAUGCACUGUGUAUAUGAUGUCCAGCUAACCCAACAAGUGAGAUCCAACGUAUCGUGA